AUGCCGGAGACACAUGCGUCGGAAAUGUUGCACACCCACCCAGGGACUCCAGAAAAGGUAACAAGUACAAAUAUUUCAGGAUUAUGGAUUUGAAACUGCUUGCUUUGCCUCUUUUAUGAGUGCAACUGAGUGAGGCAUAAAAUUCGAAAACUGCCGUAAGAUCAUUCCACAUUCCCGACUUUUACGGCUGUCCCAUGAGACUGCAGCACAAUGCAUGCAGUGUAGCAUUCAGAUAGCGCCAGUGGCAUUGCUUUGGGCGGACAGUAAUCCAUGCAAUAGGAACUAGUCGAAAUAUGUUUCGCUAUAUUCUCACUCCGCCAAUUAGCAGAAACUCAACUGACUCCAAUAAACAGCCCCAGUACAAAUAAUACAAAUAAUAUUUGCACGUUCUUCCAACUAUUUCCCAUGACAGCUGCAGUUUGUUGCAACGCUCCCUGACUUAAUCCUUUUAUCCCACUGUAACUUAGGGCUUCCUGUAUGUCUUACUGAUUUCUUGGGAACUAGCGAGGUAAUUAGUCCAGAUCAUAAAUGAACGCCUGCCUACUGCGUGCAGACUGAGUGGAAUUUGUAAUUUGAGCCUUGACUUAUUUUUAUUCCUUCUUCGUCCUCUUUUCUCGGUGUGCAAUAUGCCUGAAAAAAAGUGAAAAUUAUCUUUCCGUUAUGUAUGUUUACAUAAUUUCCCUCUUCUUUUACCACGAAAGUUUCCCCACAGUGUCACUGGCGUGAAUACGACCAAUCCUAGUUCUACUACACGCAUGCAAGACGAUAAAGACCGGCCUUACCUCACGUCCAUGUCGAACUUAGAAUCCGACCGCAACAGGGACAAUUCUGUUGACAGUCUGGGCAGCCCGGACCCCCUGCUGCCACAUGUUUCUCAUAGCGACUGUAAGUUUCGGCCGAAUUGCAGCUAUCAUUCUGUAUUAUGCGUAUACUGACUGAAAUAACAGGUUCUGCUUACUACCCCGGAAAUAAGCAGGAAUUAAUAUGAAGAAAUAAUAUACGAACUAAAGGACACCGCCAACACAUUUACGGCGUAUUUGUUAGUCAACAUCCACGAUAUUGUUCGCUGUUCAGUAUUCCGCGAAUCGCAUGCACUGGCAGUUGUACAUGCUAGCAUCUAAUAAACAAAUAGUCGGCGGAUCAAUUUUUUGUGAAUCAGCAAAUCCGAUGAGUCAUAUGUGGCAGGAAACCUCUGCCCUAAAAUGUGACCCUCUAGGGUGUUUAUUAUGAAUGUCAGUUGGCAGCCACCCAACAAUUACGACCAUGUAUCAACACGUGCAAAGCCCUGCCAUCUGUACUGAAGACCUUCGAACAUUGCCUGAGAGAAAGACGAUUUUCACUGCUCAGGGCUGGCAGCAGCGAAUGCUCAAGUACAUGUUUCUACAUGCACAAGACACAAGCACCCGAACGGAGGUCUAGUAGAAGCAAGCUGCUAUCGACAUUGUGAAGACGACAAGCAAACAUCUGCUGAGAGCACGUUGGCGAAUGUCACACUGCCACUCCCCACCUUCUCCCUUGUCCAACCUAACGAAAAUGGUCACCCAGAAGACCUUGUUACUCUCAGCUCCAUGUUUAAAUAUUUUUCAGAUGGAAGUGUUUGCUCGGCUGGCGUGACAUGCCAAAGAGGGAAAAUACGGUGCUUGGCUGUUAGAAAUAAACGUUUUAUUUUCUGAUAACUCUGCCAUUAUAGCCAGUGUUGAAUUUUUUAGUGUUGUUUAUGCUGGACAAUAAAUUUCUUAAAAUGCAGUAAAGAACCUGAUCUCCGAGCAGCACAUACCGAUGGGCUUGCAAUUCGGAAGGGUUACACAAAUAUGGACGAAUAAGCCGACUUGCACUGAAAAUAACCCUGGGGUAAUCUAUACAAAGUUGCGUGGUAGCUUUUGAUCGACCGCUUUUCCAGCAAGCAACCUAAGUAGCAUCGACAAAAACCUGCUUCUAGUCUACAUUUGUCCACCACUUUCCUUAACUUCCAGAUAUGGAGAUGAUUGAAUAUGCAGCCUCCAGUUGUUAUUGCUCCGAAGUACCUUCUCACUCCUUCUAGAAGUGUAUGUCAUAUGAAGAUCACGUUUGCAGUUAAAAUUUACGACGCUUACCCCAUUUAACGCUAUGGCUAGAGUGAGGCUGAAGAUUAGGAGUUGGGCAAAGAAUUAGGUUGGGUUUAGAGGUAGGACUAAAUUUUCCUGCCGCAUAACAGAUCGACAGUCGUUACCGCCGACGUCCAUCGUGUGUUCUGCAGCGGGGUGGGGUUUGGGAUAAUGGAUUGUGCGUGAAUUAACUUACGGUGAUAGCUGACCUGCUCAGCGUCUACCGCAAUCUCUCCUCCCCUUCCCCCACCUGGGUUCGGCGUCAGAAGGACUAGUCCGAUUCCCCGCAUCUGCCUAGAGUAAAAGUUGAGUGCUAAUGAAAUAUUGCCCAAACUCAUAAUUAUUGCUCAUAUAACCAACCACAUGUAAGCUCAUAUAUUCAAGUGAGAAAAGGUACAGUAAAGCAAAGGGUACAGUAAAAACUCUGAAAUCGCAGAUCUUUUAGAAAUUAACCAAAUUUAAUAAGUUACUAAAGGAGAGACCGAAUUCCCUUUUCUCUGACAAUCGAGGAUAGUAGAUGAUUGGACUACCAAUUUUAAACAAUAGAAUUACCUUUUUGCAUCUGACGUGAAUAGACGGUAAUGCUUUCAGACAAGUUCUUGUUGGCUACAUCUCAUGCUAAAAGUUAUGGACUGCUAAACUACACGUGUGAUUGAAACUCAGAUAAUACCCGUGUUCAAACAGUAAUCGGAGGCAAAAUUUCCUCGGCAUGUCUCCUUCGUCUGUGCAAGACUAUCAUUAAUGCAUGACAAUUGAAACCAUAAAUGUACAGAGAGGGGCUACCUAAAUGCUACCCUAGAUCCUUAAUAUCUGGAAUAGCUUUCAAGACCAAGCAGACAAAAAUACUUUAAUGACACCCCAACACGAUAUGAUCGUCUACGUGUAGGUUUGUUAUGCACAGGAUAGAAUGCUGAGACAGUCUCCCUAACAAGACACUUUCGACUACAUUCUCUCAAAAUAGUGUCGAACAAAAACAUUGCAUCCGAAUCCACCGCCUCCGGCACAUGUUCACAGAGGGAAACAAGUGUUUGCACCGUCGCACCGACUGCAAAAGAGUCUACCUCCCCCAUCGUCUCCACCCACCACUUCCCCUCCUGUUUGCCCUCGCCCAUUCUACCAUCAGGAUUUGCGUAUGUGGGACGAAAUGGAAACGAAGAGAAAAGUGCAACAGCCCCCGAAUUUGCGCAAUCUUCAACUCAUGUAUCGCCUUCCAGUCGCCCAAAUCUGAAGCGACCACAAUCAGACCGCCCGACGGACUGUCUACACUGUUCUGCAAAGGUCGACGAUAAUAUUUGUCCUCAAAAGUGUAUGCGGCAAACCCCAAGGACACCCAUCUCCCUUCCUGCAGCCAUAUGCACGACCGAAUCUCAUGAAUCCUCUCCUAGCCUCGCUACUCUGGUGUCCAGCACCCCAGUCACUACAAUUACUCCAAGUAGUAAUCAGCGGCAGUGUGACGUGUGCAUGAACCUGCGUAGAUGCAAAGGCGAAUGUCAGGCAGAAAUGACUGCCAAGAUGCUCCUUGGAAAGACACAUGAAUUUCUUGUGGAGAUAAAUAGACGACCACUGGAGUUGGUGAAGCCGUUGGUGAAUGCGCUUCAGCGUCUACUUUUUACUAUGGAAGCCAAUGUUUUUGUAGCAUACAUGAACGAGUUGUUACCUGAGGCCUCCCGAAAUGCUCUCGAAAAUCCCUACCUUAAGCGGAUUCUUUCUCAACCCAGAUUCCCAAUUGAAAAGCCACAAAGUGUAGCCAGAACCACAUUAGAACAACCGUCGAAUGUCUUGUAUGCGGGCUUUCAGGAGGCAACUGGGUUUAGUAAAAAUGUCGGUGGUUUUAAAUGCCAAUGUUCAGCAGGCGGUCUCAAAGGGACGAUUUUCGAUCAGCAGGAGUAUGGACCCAGUCAUUACUGCAGUGGCAUGGUUCCUUUCGGUUCACAAUUGGCGACGUCUAGCCCUCGAAGUAUGCAGUCGACUACCUCUGUCCACAGCGGUCUCCAGAUUUCUUCGAAACAGGCAUCGCGGCUGCAGGAAACAGACACUCAUCGGGCGUCCUGGUACAAAAGCCUGGCCUGCGAGGCCACUCGCCUACAUCAGUGA